ACCUCUUGAAAACCGACCAGAGACAACGAUAGUUUCACGAGACGCGCUUUUCCGAGACUCAUCUGAUGAAGAUGAAGGAGGAACUGCUAUGAAUGAGGAUGCUGUUAAACGUCUUUCCGAGAGAAUCCAAAGAGACAUGCUUUUUAAUGAGAACACCUCCGUAAUGGAUAUUGAGAAGGAUUAUAAGCUACAAUCCCACGAGGAUGAGGAAGAUAAACAAGUAUUUCGUCUUUUCGCAAGUGAACCUCCGACUCUAAUCUCAUUACAUUCUUCUGUCUUUGAUAAACAUAAUGAAAAAAUUGAAAUGAUGAGACAUGAAGACCAGUACGAAGUAAGCGACGAUUCUGAGCGCGAGAUACGCAUUGCUGCUGCUUGUAUAACUUAUGCAGAUAUUAUACGUGAGUCUCAGAUUCCAUGGGAAAGACAUUUUUUUCCACGUAAA